GGAUUUUAGUGCCCCUAGACAGGGCGGUGCCUCACCGUGGGAACUCCGGACCGACGACUUCGAUGUGCGGGACCGUGUGUCGGCGUGUGGAGACCGCGGAGGAGUGGAAUGCCCGGCUGGACAGAGAGGAGGAGGAGCGGUUGCAUGCUAUGCCGGGAUGGGAGGGUCGGUUAGCGUAUCUGGAGGAGCAGCGUCGACUGAGGGAGUUGGAGACAAGAGGGGGUGGCGGCGGUGACUAUGGCGACGUGGGUGUCUCUGGGGAGGCUGUUGUGGGAGAGGUCCGAGAGGGUGUUGUCGGAGAGGAUAUCGACGUUGGUGGCGGGGGAGAGGGUGUCCCCGCGGGUGAUGAGGGACAAGAUGCCGCCACGGCUGGUGGGGGAGAUGGUGUCCCUGCAGGUGAUGAGGGACAGGGUGUCGCCAUGGGUGGUGGGGGAGAGGGUGGACGUGGUGGAGAUGUCGAUCUAGACCAUGGUGGCGAGGACAAGGACGGGUCCGACGACCGAGACGGUAGUUGCGACCACGGUCGCGCUGACGGUGAGGAGAUGCUCGCUUUGGUCGUUAGGAACCCUACACUACCUCUCCUGCACCCCGACGACUUCACGCACGUUGCGCUCGACGCCGACGGUUUGGCGCAGGUGGUCGGUUCAGAGGACCCUUUUCCCCAUACGAGCCGUAGGAGCGGUGAGAGGCGCCCCCCUGGAGGGGCAUAUUCACCCCCGCCCUACCUCGUGCAGAGCCCUCGAUGGUCGGGUUCGUCGCUCAGUGAUAUCAUAGGCAGGGAGUCUGGGGUGGUUGAGGGCGGGUCGGGCCGCAGCAGUGACAGCGGCGGAUCUGCGGGAUCGAUGCCCCCACCAACCGCACGGGCCGCGGAGGAGGGCGAUGAGGAGACGACGGCCCCUUAUCGACGGGUCAAAGACCGGUUGAGGGCGGAUUACGAUGCCGGGAUGGGCACCUUCGCAGGAUGUUUGUCACCACAGACACAGGCUGCAGAGGGUGGCUCCGGACGUCCGAGACUUCACAUGGCAGGCCGCAUGCUCGGUUUGUCACGAGUGGCGACGAGGAGAUCGUUGGUCCUCCCGGCCGCAGGGACAUCUACGGACAUGCAGCAGGGACACCACUACACAUCGGGCGAGGACGAGUUGAUGAUGCGUCAUGGGACGAGACGACACGGCACCAUCACGGAGGUUGAGGCUCGACUYGCAGCAGAGAUCGCCGCCGRCCAGGCAGCAUUGGACGCGAUUCAGAGGCRGCGAGAGACGAUUGCUGCAGAGGAGGCAGAGGACGAGGACGCUGRCASAGAGUCCRAGCCGAUCGACAGUGCGGUUUGYAGACACAGAGCGACCGGGGCCUCGGCAGCCCCAGCAGCACAGACAACAUACAUCAGCGGUGCACAGGGCACAGGUGGUGGAGGCAGUGGAGGGGGCCUGGGAGAAGCGCAUGGUCGACAGUUCUCCGGGAGAGCCCGCACGCGUCCACCUGCAGGGCGGGGCACGGGCCGCUCGUCUGGAGAGAGAUCGUGACGUUAGUGUUUUUUUUUUUUUUUUUCGGAUUUUUUUUUUUUUUUAGGCAGGAUGUUCUGUUGAUA